ACACCAGUCCUCCCAGUUUACAGCAAGCGGCUACUGGUAGCAACAGCAAGAAAAAUACCAAUUUUUAGAUCACAAACUUGAGGUGACUCUGAAUUGUUUGUAUAAUGUUGAGUGUUGCCAUGGCAGUUUUACCAGAGGUGGGCUGGGAGGAGUGUUAUGCUGUUCCGGGGGCCAAUGCUGAAAACAAGGCUUUAAUUGAAGAGAUUAUCAAGAAGAGGAAGGAACUUGUGCGACUGAGAAGCAAGCGAGAGAAUCAUAAAGAUCAAAAACAAUUGGCAACAGAAUUCCUGAGACAUGUUAAAGCAGAGCUGCAAAAUAUGGAGGCCCUGUGCCAGGCGAAAGACAGAGAAGCAGAUUUGGAGACGCACCUCACUGCCAUUGCACAGAGGGAAAUUGGCCAUCUGGCGCAAGAGAACGCUCAGAUGGAAAAUGACCUUCGAUUUUUGAACGAGAGGAAAAACACGCUUGAGAGUCACAUAUUCAAGGCGAAACAGAGGCUCGAGCAGUUUCGCACCCGAAUGAACUGGGACCAUCAGGCCCUGGAUUCUUUUUUGGAGGAGUCAGCACAAAAAGAAGACGACGUGAUGGCCAUCAUGAAGUAUUCACAGCAGGAUGAACAGAAGAUCAAGUCACUUACUUUGGCCAUUGAGAGGACAAGGCAGGAGGCAAAUAAAAAGCGCAAAGCACUCGACACGGAAAUGACGGAAAAUUUAUCUGCACAGGUUGCUUUAGACAAGACCAGCGAACAUCUGCAGCAUGCUCACCAGGAAACUGAGCAGAUCAUCCACCAGUGGGAAAACACUGUUCAACAGAUGAAGCAAAGAGAUGCUGAGAUGCAUCAGUCUGCUCUGAAACUUGCAGAGAUCAACCAGAACAUCAGGGAAAGGAAUAGCUCCUGGACGGAAAUGAAGGACUUGCACGACUCGCAGGUGAGCGACAACAAGGAAAAAGAAAGGAAAUUGACUGCAGCCAAUCGUCAGGCUGCAAAACUGCGGCAGGAACUGAGAGACCAGGAGAAGAAUUACCUGGAGAUGCAAAACGAGCUCAGAGGCUGUAAAACCUCGCUGGAUAAAACAGCAUCCACUGUUGAAUCGAUGAAGUGCCACAUCACCGAGCUCAAAGAUCAAAUCCAGAACAACAAUGUCAAACUGAAGCAAACCUCGGCCCAAAAUGGUGCCCUUGAGGAGAAGCUGAAAGCUGUGACUCAGAACGCGCUGAGUGAAAAGGAGAAAGCAGCCCAAAUGGAACAGUUCCUCACAGAUGAGGAGCAAGCCAUCAAGGAGCUGGAUUCCCAACUGCGUGACUGCAGGGAGGAGCUCUUCCGUUGCAAACAGCAUGUUGACAACCUCAAGAGAAUGGAGAAGGACUCUUUGGCACAAGAGUUGCGGAGCAAAUCCACCAUCACCGCUUUGGAACGAGAGCUCAGGAAACAGGAGAACCAUUUGCUAAGACAGCAGAUGAUCUUGAAUGAAAAGGACUUCCAGAUCAUUUUUUUGGAGAAAAAGCUUGCUCGACUACAAGGUGUUCACGACUCUGAUGAAAAGCAAGUGUUACAAAUAAAGAUCAGUGAACUUUCCAAAGCCCUCGAUGAGAUGAUGAAGACAUCCGGCAAGAUUGUCAACGGAAUCAAAGAGUCUGAAAGUGACGUUCGCUAUUUGAGGAAAGAAAACGACAAGUCAGCAGCGGAGAAGGAAGAGCUGUGCAGAAAAGUUGAAGAGUUGAAGCUAAUCAAUAAUAGUAUUGAGAAAGAGCUGAAGAGACUCGGCCUCAAUAAGCAGGAAAUACUCGUGGAGCAGAACAUCUUCAAGCUGGAGGUGACACGAAAGAGGGAUCUCCUGUUCAGCAAAGCCAACAGCGUGGUGUCCUUGGAAAAAAGACAACUGAACAUGAAGAAAGCCAUCCAGGAGAGGCAAGAGGAGAUCAGAGUCUACAAUCAAAUGCUCAGCCAGGAGCUGAAGAUCACAGAGCAGGAGAGACAGAAAAUCAGUGCCGAACUGAAUGGAAAAUAUUCCAAGAUUGACGUCAUGAAGAAACAUUUUGAAGUGGUGACUUUUUCAAUGGCAACCCUUGGAGAGCAUGAGGAAGAUGCGGUGACGUGUCAAGCUCACUACAUCGCUAAGGCGGCGCUACAGAGAGCAGAACUCAUGGAGCAAGUCGAAUGUCUAACUGUCAAAAUUCGCAAGGCUGAACAUGAAAAUAAAGCUCUGGAAAAGACAACACUGUUGUUCAAUAUCAGCAAUUCGGCAUUCCACACCUCAGUCAACAAAGCGAAAGAAUCCAGUCCUGAAUUCCAGGAAAAAAUCAAGAUGGAAGAGCAGUUAAGUUUGGCUGAAGAAUCGCUGAAAUAUAAAAGAAGACAAGUCAGACAGCUUCAACAAGAACAACAGGAACUGAACGACACCUUGGAGAGUCUCCUACAGGCCAAACAGGUGGAGAACCAAAAGAUCGAACACGUGCAGUCCCUCAUUAGCAAACUGAAUCGGGAGGUUGCUUCCCAGCAGGAAAAAAUCCACAGAGCCACAAAACAGUGCUCCAAACUAACCCAAAAGAUUCGCUCCUCAAGAAACACCAAGUCAGAGACUUUUGAGGAGAAGGACAUCAAGCUGAGACAGUUAAAGGACUUAAACAAGAGUAUCAAUAAGAUGCUCAAUGAUACCACAAAGGACAAACCUGACCUCAGAUACGUAUUGGAAAAGUAUUUUCUGCAGACCAACUUGUCCUUUCCGUCUCCUCCGUCCACUCCAAGCAGCCACCAAAGCUUCAAGAUCAACUCAGCUCGUAGCUCCGCCUCUUCCAGGUCCGACACACACGCACGCAAACAUUGCGCCAAUCAUAUAUUGUUCUCCAACCUGCAGGUCUUCAGCAUCCUCACUCAGCAGACACAGCACCUCUGCACCCCAGUCUCUUUUAUUGAAGACCGUGUCCCUAAGUCUGGAUCUAACUGGGCCCUCCCCGCCUGUUUCAUCUAGCAGGAGCUCCAGCUCAGCCAGCAGCAAAUUGAAGAGUCCAUAGUUGAAGACACUUUCAAACAAGUUCUACCAAUUGAGAUGAUAGGGCUCUAGUUUCUUAGGGCUCUGUGGCGCCCCCUUCCCCAAAAUCCUGAUAUUUUAACAGGGGUGUGUAGAAUUUUUAUAUCCACUAUAAAUCGUAAUAGAAAGAACACAGUCUAGGUUUAUCAAGAAAGAAACUACUACAACUCCCAGCUUAAAAAAAGAAUGAUCAGUUUGAUCAAUAAAUAAUCUGGAAAAUGUUAUGGCCUUGAACUUCUGAGUUGAUUAUCAACAGUUUUCUUACAUGAAAAGUGGCAGGAAUGUGCAUCGAAAGCCGUGGACGUCAACUAAUACAACAGCGACACUAAAAUGGUGAAGUGAAACGAUUCAAACCUGCAUUUGUCACACGGUUGUUUCUCACACAAGUAACCCACUGGGAACAAAUCCAUUUAUAUGGUAAGGCUAAGCUAGCGGGGCUCCCAAAAUGCGACAUUAAAUAUUAAGAGUCCCUGAAUACUUUUUGUAUUAAUGUAGCUGUUUAUUUUAAAUGUCAUAUUCAUUUUUAUCUUAAAUAAAAUAAUAUCAUAUAAAAUAAUAAUUCAUUGAUUCAUUGUAAAUAGAACGAAACAUUUUUUUAUUAUUGGGUAAUUAAAUUCAAAGACGGAAAUAUAAAUCAUAGAAUAAAUCAAUUGUUUUUUUUCCUAAAAAUUCUCACUUGAAAUGUAUUCAUUGAAGACAUUGUGGAGAAUUUUAACCAAUUUAAACUCAUGUGAUCGUCUUUAUUGUUAGAACAAAUGUCCUAUUAGAUUCCAUCUGGAAGACUUCAUAGAGCUGAAACACAAAUCAUUGUAUAGCAUGUUAUAAGUACAUUUAUUUCUCAUGCCAGUGCACAAUUGACUUAACUGCGACAUUCCGCUUCAAGUUACCUUGUCCAAAACGGGUUGGACCACUCUCUCAUUUAAGACAAUUUGGGACAGAACCCUCAUCUCGAAAACGGCCACAGCUGCAGGCAGACGCACAGAAAACCUUCAGACAACCUUCUAACAAACAUUUGAGAAACAUUUGCCUUGUAAUCACUAAAAAUGCUUUACUCACUUGUUUGUGCAGCACAUGAGGUCAUAGACACAACAAAAAGGAUCAACAGAAGCAUUAUGAAGAUGAAGAAGUGGU